AUUGAAGCUCAGCAAACCAUUCCAUUUUCUAUCCUCUGCCAAGUUGCAAUCCAAUAAUUCAUUUCCGAACACCAUUUUUUAAUCUAGCCAUCGUUUUCUAUCUCCAUUUUCUCUAAUUUCGACCCCUAUUGAAAUUUACAGAACUCGGCAUAAAAUUGCUUGGAAUUUCUUCAAUUCAAUUUGAAAGAAUGGCUGCUGCUGUGGGUUGCGGGUCUUCCUGGGCUCAAUUCAAGGAUAUCUCGUCGCGAAGAAGUUUGAGGAAUAAAAAUGGCGGUAGUAAGGGAUUUAGGGUUUCGUGUGUGUCUUCUACCGUGGCUGAUCCGUACCAGACACUGCGAAUUCGCCCUGGUUCGUCGGAAUCUGAGAUUAAGAAGGCCUUUAGGCAGCUUGCUCUUAAGUAUCAUCCAGAUGUCUGCAGAGGAAGCAAUUGUGGCGUCCAAUUUCACCAAAUCAACGAAGCAUACAAUAUUGUAAUGAGUAAUGUGAGGGGAGAAUCAAGUGGGGUGGAGUAUUAUUAUGAAGAGGAGGAGCAGGUUAGUGAAGAACAAGAUUUGGAGCUUUGGGAGGAGUGGAUGGGGUGGGAAGGAGCUGGGAUUCGUGAUUACACCUCACAUAUUAAUCCAUAUAUUUGAUUCAUCUAUGUUUUCAUCCAUAAAGCCCACACUUUCACAACCAUUUCCAAGUUGUGAAUGGAAGAUGAGGUUUUUUUGUUUGUACAGAGUAAUUUCCUUUCUAUGUUUUAACCCUUGUACAUAGUUCUUUUUAUGGGGAUGGGGGAAUGACACCCCUCUAUUAUAAUAAGUAAAUCUUCUUGCCCUUUUAGAAAGAGGAAAAUAAAUCAAGUGUUGAUAUGUUUUGGGAUUUGAAAA